UUAUGGAAAUGAAACUGAAAAUAAAAUCUAAAUAUACCUUGCUUUGAGAGCUACGGUCAUAUAUUUACGUAUGUUUCAGUAUUUAUGCACUUCAUACAGUAUUAUAAAUGAUUUUAAUGCGAAACAUAUUUGUACAUUUUACUUUAUCAGGCAUUUCUCGUCCGAUUAUCCAAAUUUUAAGUUCAUUGACAGAUUGACAGUUGACGUUUGCGACAAGUCGAGUGUCCACAAAAUCCACUUUUCUAAUUUCUUUGCUCAAUUUCGAUAUUCGCUAUUUACCGUUGUUCGGUAGUGAGAUUUUGCUAAUUAAGUUCUAGUUUUGCUGCAUAUCAUAUAUUCUUUCUUAAAAAUCUUUAUAGUGAACUAGAUGGAUUAUGGUUGGAGUAAACCGAAAGUUGGUUACCCGAUGUGUGUAGGUUUAUUGGAAGGUGUUGUUUUCGAGUGGGCUCGGUAGUGUUUGGAGCCGGGGCGUACUGGCAGCGCUAUGCACGAACUGCUGAAGCACGUACUGACGGAGCGCGACCUGACGCGGGCCGGCGACAUCUUCGCCAUCCCGGACUCUGAAAUCGUGGACGAUUUGAACGAAGUGCUUAAGCAGAUAACAGACAUAUCUUCACGACCAGACUACACCAGAAACGAUCGUGAUCAAGCCCUGAUAGAGAUAUGUGUCACAAGGGUGACAUCUUGUAUCAAGGAGACGGGCACGCUGGAGAAGUACUGUGGAGCCCUGGUGGCGCUGCUGGAGUCCUGCCUGCAUCACAACUUAAUGCCUGUGGGACAUUUACGGGAUGAUGAUCCACCUCAUGCCAAAAUCGCAUCUGAUGUUAUUGCAUGCAUUGUAUUGGUCUCGUUUCCGCUGCAAGCCAACAAGGAAGCGAGCGGCAACGCGGAAGUGAUGGAACUGUUCCUGCCCGUCGCGGUCCAGUUCCUGCACAAAGGGAACAGGGAGAUAUCGCGACACAUGGCGCGCUACCUGUCUUUGGCCGCGGUGCACCACGCCGUGCUGCUGAAGCCCCAUGUUCAGACCAUCAUGGAUUCUAUCAUGUCAGGUAACUACCCGCUUUGCCGCAUCUUGACGAACCUGUACGAAGUUUGUCCGGAACCACUCGAAGGCCACGUGACCGCGCUGGUGUCGUUAUUACCGCACGCUGAACCGGUGGAAAAGAGCUCACUUUUCGCCCUCUUCGAGCAAAUAGCAGCGAGGCGGCCCGAGGCGCUCAAGACUGCGAUACCACAACUGCUGUCGUACCUCUGCCCCAACACUGCCAGCCAGAACGACCCGGGCUGCAUGUGUAUUGAUCUUUUACAGGUGAUAGCCAGCGUCAGUCGCAGCCGCGCAGCGCUAGUGUCGGAGCACAGCGCGGCCGUGCGCCGAGCGUCGCGCGCGCCUCACGCCACACCGCGCGCCACCGAGCUGGUGGCCACCAUACUCGCCACGCUCGGGUACACCAGCAGGGAGCGCGCGCAGGAGGCGCUGAACUUCGUGGUGGAGCGGCUGGCGGGCGCCGAGUGGGCCGAGCAGGCGGCGCUGCUGCGCGAGGCCACGGCGCUGUGCUCCGCCUACCCCGCGCUCUUCACCGACCGCCUGCUUGCCGCGCUCCGAGCCAACAACAGCAAUCGGCCAAAAUCAACGCACGGUGAAGUCAACAGAACGCCGGGUGGAGUAACAAUUGUUAAACUUGGGGGACAAAACUCCACCACUGCUCCCGUCUCCACGGGUUCAACUGUGACCCCACUUGCGUCGACGGCUCCAGUGUCAUUGGGGUCAACGGUGACCUCGGUCACGUCAGUGGCCCCCGUCACUGGUUACACGAGGCGAGCGAAGUUGGGGGAUUCGAGGAGUACUGGCAGAUUGCACCCAGGACCUAACUCCCAUAGAAGCAUGACAAGGUUGAAUGUUGCAGGAGGUUCAGUAGGAGGGCUACAUAAAAGCAUGACCCGGUUAUCGUCCUCGCAGCAAAUCAAUGCGCAGCAAAACAUGACUCCACCACAGAUAGUGGGCAGCAAGCCGACGGUGGCCGUGGCGGGCGGUGGUGCCGUCACCGUCACCGCCAUCUCCCCGCCGCUGGCUCCGCGCGUGGCUGCGCGCCACCACCACCACAACAUCGUCAUCGGACCAUCCACCUCCACGAAUCCAGGGCCCACAAUUAUCCCGGGCCCGCCGUCUCUUCAAACACAGUCGAUAUCUGUGAACCCUCUAACGGGCAAGUCCUCAGACGCCCUCGUACCAGCGUCAGUCUCUAUACAACACUCCAACACUGCGCUCGGCCAAGUGUCGGUCAUCACAAGCACGCCGAGUACGGGGCCGGUAUUGACCCAGACUUGCGGAUCCGGACCGAUCGCGGUCGGCUCCAAUCCGAUCCCGAUCGGACCCGUCACGGUUACGUCCCGUAGAGCGAACAACACCAGUGUCACAAUGAUCAACUCCAGCAACUCUAACAACUCCAACUCCAACCACAGAAUAAGCGUGUUUGAGCCGUAUCCCAUGAGAGAUACGGUACAACACUUUUGUGAGAAACAUUUGGAUAAAAUCAAAGCGUAUAUGGACAACGUCUCUCUGAGGAUACCGCCGCCAGCUAAAUGUACAAUAGAAGAGCGGAGAUCAAAGAAGCAAGCCCGCCUAUCGUUCGCGUGCGGUCGUCGCGGCCCGCACUGCCUGUACGCGCGCGCCGCAUUCUCAAUGCGCACCCGCGCGCCGAGAGUGUGGAUCCACCUCAUGUUCCUGGCGCUCCAAGCGCGCCACGCCGCCGCCCUGUCGUCCAGGGACCCUACAGUGGCCAGUCUGAAACACUGCUGGGACAUCCUCAAGUGUGAGAACAAGACCUUCCUCACAUUGGUCACAGGGGCUUUCCCUGGCCUAAAGGAACAAGAAAUGUUAGUAAACGAACUCCGAGCGGCUGGUUUCUUCGACGUUUUCGAGGUUAACUCCACUCGCACCGACGGAGCCAGCGUACCUCCAACUCAGGCGACCUGGGGCUGCUUCCUCUGCAACCAUCCGGAGAGAGCCGUGGGCUUCCUGGCGGCGGACGGCCAGCCGGUGAUUGAAGGACAACUCAAGGAGAAGAAAGGGCGGUGGAGACUGUUCAGGCGAUGGCGUACGAGAUACUUCACGUUGUCCGGUGCUCAUUUGUCGUGUAAAGGAUCGAGUGGUGGCGAAAGUAUUGACAUCAACCAGAUACGAUCUGUCAAAGUGUCCCGCGGCGCGCGCAACAUUCCGAAGGCCUUCGAGAUCUUCACCGGGGACCAGACUUUGAUCCUCAAGCCCAAGGACGGUAAGAACGCAGAAGAAUGGGCGCAAUGCCUCAGCAUAGCGGUGGCACAUUCCCAGGCGAGGGACGCUCCAGCCAAGGCCAAUAGUCUCCCAGCGAGGGGACUAACUCUCAAGAGCUUCUGACGACUGUUGCCUCAGGCCUUGUUUCAGGCCUAACAUCAUUUGCGACUACCACUGCUUAUACUCCUUAAAAUGCGGGAAAUUCGAUGUUGGCAUUGAAAGUCAGGUCAGCAGUUUCCCAGCAUGGAGGAAUCCUGGGAGAAUGAAGCAUCCCAGGAAUUACGCUUAAGCGCUUCUGACAACUGUUGACUCAGGUCUUGUUUCAUUCAGUCUUGACAAUGUUUUAUAUGCGGAAAAUUCAGAGUUGACCUUGAAAUAAAAUUUAAAAUACUGGUAUUAUAGUAUAUGCACAUAGUUAUUGGCUUGAUUGGCAUGACUGACUCUGAAGAGUUUUUGGCGACUGCUGGUCCUGAUCUCGUUUUAGGUCUAACUUUAUAUUUUUCAUUACCAGCUUUAGCCAUGUUACCAGACAAAAUGUACGAUUUACUUAAAAAGAGUUAUUCAAAUUCAAUGUAUUGCCCCUUGGUGGUAGUAAACAAGUUGUAAGUCAGUAUUUAUAGUAUAUCUUGUUUUUGUCUCUUGUUUUCGUAUCGAUCAGUUUAGUAACAAAAAUUAAUAUAAAAGUAUACAGAACUUUUUGGCCUACUUGUCAAAGACGUAAGUCAAUUUAGCAUUCUCGUAUGAUGAUAGUCAGGGGGUAAAAGUGUUCUUAAAAGCUAAUUAAGCUGUAUACCUUCCAUGUUGUUGGAUGUUUAGUUGCUUACUUCGCUUGCUAUAAUAUAAACUCUCAAAUCUGGGUUGUAUAGGGCAUACUUGUAUUCGCAGAUCGUAGUAAAGGGCUAAUUUAUAAUUCAAUAAAAAAUAUUUCUUUGAAUGUUGAUAUCUAUAAUUUUAACUAGUUUUUACUUCAUGUUUUAUAAUUAUCGCUUUUCCAAGAUAUUGACAUUAAUGUUGAAAAAUUCUUUUUUCAUAAAUAUUUAUUAUCGGUUUUUAUCGAUGUAAUUGUUUUAUUCUGUACUUAAAUGUUAUUUAGCGUUAAGACAAGACAUUUACUUAAUUAUUUCUAUAGAAUAGCGAAUUACAUUAUUUUAUGUAUAAUACCGGUUGUACUUAAUCUUUAGAAUUAUAUUUGUAUAUAAAUGAAUUAUUUACUGUAAGUUUAAAUGACAUUAUUUUAACCGAAGAGUGAGUGGUUUGCUCAAAAUAAUAAUAAUACAGUUAGUAAUAGUGAAGAAUAUUAGCUGUAUUUAUACUCAGAGGCCUCAGAAGCACAAUUAUCCGCCCACUUUAAUAUGACGCGAAUAUAUUAAAGUGGGCGGAUAAUUGUGCGUCUGAGUAUAUUUAACUUGCCAUACUGCCAAUUGUUAUUGUUAAAUUAAAAAUCUUCAUAAUCAUGCAGGUACUAUUUAGUAGUAUAUCAAGUUUUUUUAUAUUAGUAUACUAUAUAAAUACUACAAAAAAGGUCGGUAGUACUCUGAGAUUUGCUAACGUUUUUUGCCUAAUAUCUUGCGUUUAUUUAGAGUUUAUGUUUUGAAAGAUAUUUAUGAUUUAAUCUUAGAGCCUAUUCAAUUGAAGGUUGGAUGUGUCAAAAAUGUCUAUGGAUAUGCGUCAUUCAUAGAAGUCAACGUACAAAUUACAAAAUGUAAAUAGAAAAAAAAAUAUGUGUUCUGCAAUAUAUCACCAACCUUGUAUUGGAUCAAAAUCUCUAACAGGAAAGUAAAAAAAUAUAUAAAUAAUGUCGCUUUUAUUCAUUUAUGCUGUAUCUGGAAACUUAUUAAACUAGAAAAUACUUGCAAACUGUAACGUGAAACCCGAUUUUACAACAACUGGAAAGAAGAAUAGAAUUAGAUUGAAUCCCCAGGCGUGUUCGGAUUGCUAGCAUCAGCGACUUUUCAAAAUGGCGUUUGGUGUUUCGAUUAUUCAAAAAAAAUUCAAAAGAUCACACAGUGAGAUACAUUUCAUGACACAGAUUAUUCUUAGAUUUAAGAUAGUCAUAAGUAAAGUCAUUAUAAUAUUGAUAAAUAAGAUAAAAGACAAAUUAUAUAGGUAAAUAUACUACAUAUAUUAUAUUGGUAACAUAAUAUACAUAGUUUAGUAUAAUAUGGCGACGAGUACAAUAAUUUUUUAUAAUUGUUUUUCCCGUAGAGUAUGUUUUUUUAUGGUUGGGCAUUCAAUUUAUGAAAUUGACAGUUGUUUAUUGUAUAAAAAAAUAUAGAUUGUUUAUCUGUAUAUACUUGAUUUUAUAAAUGGCGUUAAAGCAGCGCAGAGUGACUAAAUAAGGUAUUGCUCGACCUAUCUCAUCCAGUUACUAAAGUGGUACUUAAUUUGAACCACACUUACCAGUAUAAUGGUCUGAGAUCCGGCAUUAGAAAUAUAUACUCUCAUCUGUUAUUUAUUAUUUAUAGGAAAUAAAUGGUAGAUAAUAUUCACAGUGACACAUUGCAAAAUAGGUAGCUUAGUUAAUUCGCGGUUUAUUUUUUAUACAAAAUCUAGGAAACCAUGAACUACAAUACAGUUAAAUUAAGCAUAAAAUAAGCUUGCAUUUGAAAUAUUACACUAAAUAACUGAUAAGUAAUGUUAUUUAUAUAUCCUAUAUAAAUAACAUUACUUAUCUGUUUAUACCUGGCAACCCCACAGUUGCAGUGUGAGAAGACUUUUUAAAUUUUUUGGGUAUAUUCUAUUAAUUGUGUACGAUUUUUUUAAUUAACCAAUGCGGGAAGGAGACUAAAUAAAUUAAUCAUUUAGACAAAGUGUCAAUUUGAAUAUAUUCUACCAUUUAUUUCUUAUCCCAACUAAACAAAAGAUGAGGGUAUAUAUUUCUUAUGCUGGCUCUCCUACUAUAAGGAUAUCUUUUCUGUCCUCUACUACAUUCUGAUUGAUCGAGCACUGCUCUAUACUCAGUCGCUCGGUUGGCGCCGAAUAUUUACCUAUAGUCUGGCAAGUUCGUUGAUGACACUCCCAUGAUAUACGGGCGACGGGGGGAAAGACUGCGCGGGUGCGAAAUCAUGCGUGCAUCAGUUGUGGGUUUUUCAUUCAUCGCUACACGCCCCCCGGCCCGCGCGUACCAUCGGAGUGUUACGAACGAAGGUGCCAAGCUAUACAUAUUGAAAUGUUAUAAGGUCUAAGACUGAGUGCUGGUCAAACUCAUACAUGUACUUAAAAUAACUUCGGAUACAAAGCACGGCCAUUUAUUAUUUUGAAAUGUCUUCUAUUUAAAUGUAAGUACAUAUAUAAAUUAUUAUUGUUUUAUUUAAUUGUAAUGUACUUAAAUAGUUUAUAUUUCGCCGAAUUGGGUUAAUGACAAUCAAAAUAUAGUCUGGCAAGUUUGUUGAUGACACACCCAUGAUAUGCGGGCGACGGGGGGAAAGACUGCGCGGGUGUGAAAUCGUGCGUGCUGGGAAGUGAGGUGAAUCAGUCGUCGAUUUUACAUCGCUACACGCCCCCCGGCCCGCGCGGACCAUCGGGAGUGUUAGGAACGAAGUUGCCAAGCUAUAACUAAGUAUGCUUAUUUAUGUGAUUCGAAAAUGACAUUCCUGUUGGUUAUAUGAUACUGUUAUGGUCUCAAAUUGAAGAAAAGUGGUUGUUAUGAAUUAUAAUUUUAUUUUUUAAUUAUUGUGAAAUAAUAAUUUUGGACAAAUGUUAUGAUCAUUUUAUUCGAUAUGUACAAUGGGCGUGUUUUUACUUUUAAUGCCCAGAAUGAAUUGAUGUAUAAUUAUUAUUAUUGGAACGAAGUUUUAUUAUUAAAGUGCAUUAUAACACUUUAUUACAAAUAAAGCUUUAAAUAAGACUGUAAAUUUAUUAUUAUCGCAGAAGUAUGUAGUUUACUCGGAUUCUGAAGUUCAAUAUAGAAUCCCUGAAUUCGAAUCACUUAGCGCUAGCGGAUAAAGUAGACUUUUCGGCACCCAUUUCGAGGCGCAAAGAAAGUUUUCCAAGCUAGCGAGAUGAAAAGAUGUAUUUUAAUGCACCAGUGCCUUUGCGCUUAACAAUAUUUCGAUAUGCACGUCUAAUGCGCCGCUAAUUUUGUAUUAAUUAAUUGUCUGUAAUUCAAGCAUUUUGCUAAUAUUAUACUGAAGCACUUUAUAUAGUUAAAUUAAUGUGUUAUAAAAAUGACAAAUAGAUUAAGUUAAAUUUAGGAUGAAAAUUGCAGACUGCCAAACAUUACUAAAAUAUAGUUUACAUUUCUCGUCAGACACUGACUAAUAUAAAACAGAAUGUCGAUGAAACGCCGCAGAAAUGCGAUGCGUGGUGAUGACGUCAUAAACAUUUCAUUUAUGGCGCUUGAUACGGCCGGGACUAUAUUAGAACAGUACGUGCCGCAAACAAAUGACCACGAUUCUACAUGCAGACAUUGAAAUCGUUCUGCUAAAUAAAUUUUGUUUCAUACAAAAAUACUAAUACCGCGAAUGAACGGGGGGGGGGGGGUUAGUGUGAAAAAUCCGACGUCUUCUCAUGCUUACCAAAUAUAAUACAAUAAUAAAAUAAUAUUAAAAUCGGUCGAGUUUGUACAAUUGCGGGCACAAACACCGUGACACGAGAUACUUAUUUAUAUUUAUUAGAUAAAACACAGUAUGGACUUGGUCAACUAAUACUUAACAUAAUAAAGUCCUCAUUAUUUCUGUCAAAAUAAUCAGUUGAUGCCAUCGUUUUGCGCCCGGACUUUACAAAUAAAUAAAGGAAUACACGUUUGAUAGUGACCGCCACUAUAAAAACACUUCAGUAAUAAUAUAAUAUAUGUAUGUAUUUAUAUGCACUAACGCUUAGGCAUUAUUGAAUUGAAUUCCGCUAAUAUAUAUGUAUAUAAUGUAUAUAAGUACAUACUUGGUGUUUAUAUCCCACCGCUCAGAUUAGUGAAACUUAUAGUAGGUAUAUUGCUCCCUACCACUUCACCAGAUUAAAGUCCGGCCGCUCAGAGAUUGCGUUUAUGACACCUGUCAAUGUCACUUUAUAUAUUUUUAAUUAAUAGCCCAAACCAGUGCCUUUGCGCUUAACAAUAUUUCGAUAUGCACGUCUAAUGCGCCGCUAAUUUUGUAUUAAUUAAACAUUAUCUGUAAUUCAAGCAUUUGCUAUUGCUAUUUAAAUAUCUUACAAUAACCUUAAUAACGAGUAAUAACAUUAAAAAUUGAAUAAUCAUGUCAACUUAUAAUAAACACUAGCUGACGCCGCGCGGUUUCACCCGCGUGGUUCCCGUUCCCGUAGGAAUACGGGGAUAAUAUAUAGCCUAUAGCCUUCCUCGAUAAAUGGGCUAUCUAACUCUGAAAGAAUUUUUCAAAUCGGACCAGUAGUUCCUGAGAUUAGCGCGUUCAAUCAAACAAACAAACAAACUCUUCAGCUUUAUAAUAUUAGUAUGGAUUAAUUUUGGGCUAAAAUUAUGAACUAAUUAAUUAAAAAUAUAUAAAGUGACAUUGACAGGUGUCAGAAAAGCAAUCUCUGAACGGCCAGACUUUAGUGUGCAUUUAUGUUUACUAAUAUUGCUUUCAAAUCUGUAUGACUACCUGCUUAUACCUGUACCUAUAAGUACCUAUAAGUUCACGUUUAGUCUUUGUGCCCAUGGAAUUCCUUUUUCUGUGAGACCUGCACUCCCACUCUAAAAGGCGUUUAGCAACAAUAAUUAAAGAGUAAAAUCUAGUCUUCAGGAGUUCCGAGUUCUGGCCAACGUUUGUAAUUUAUGUAACUUUAACCACCGAGUUCACAAGCGGUCAGUUGUGAUCAUGAUCAUGAUCACGAUCACUGAUAAGAAGUUUUCUUUACAUCCUUUACAAAGAACGCAAAAUUCAGAACGUCUGUGCGGGCUCUAACUUUGGCUACUCUUCUUAAAAAUGUUUGCGUUCUGUUUAAGUUGUCUGUCUUUAAAAAUUUAAAUAUAUAUUAAUAUUAUAAAGAGGUAAAGCUUGUGGUGUUCAAGGUCCUACAAGAUAGACAAAUAGAUUCAGAGAUUGCCCUCUGCAAUGUAGGGAUCUCUGGAUCUACGAAACCGAAGAAAGUCUUGUCAUUUAUGAAUGUCAUAGACUAUGUUUUAUACCCGUAUUCUCCCGGGAACGGGAACUACUGUGUCAGCUAGUAAGUUAUAAGAGUAUUUGUGACAAACAUUGAAACAUUUCGUAGUAAAUCUCUAAGCACGAACAUAGAAGAAACAUUAUUGAAACCAUAAAUAACUUAUGAUGUUGGUGCUAUACAUACUCGUAGUAUACUACGGUCGUACCUUUGCGGAGCGCUUCCUGUGUGUUCACUGUAAUACGGGUCUGUAGCCAUUUGGCACGACGAUUCUCUUUCUACAAUCGCAAACGCUUCGAAAAUCUACGCUAAUAUUAUAAACCUGAAGAGUUUUCUUGAACGCGCUAAUGUCAAGAACUACUGGUCUGAUUUGAUAAAUUCUUUCAGUGUUAGAUAGCCCAUUUAUUGAGGAAGGCUAUAGACUAUAUAUAACCCCGUAUUCCUACGGGAACGUGUACCACGCGGGUGAAAUCGCGCGUCGUCAGCUGGUUAAAAAAUGUAUAGGUAUGACAUUAGCUAUCGACAUGUCGAUAAGUCGACAUGCUGAGGAUCGAUCGGAUCUGUCAUUCCCAUAUAUUUUUUGUUUUUGAAUCUUUUACGUUUGUAGAAAGAGAAUCGACGUGCCACACGGCUAUAAGCCAAGGAUAGAUUUAAAAUGUUAUAGCGGAUAGCGUGCGCGAGCGAGCUCGUACCAAUGCCUUAUUUAUUAGAAAUAAAGUUUUGUUUACAAUUC